AUGCGCUGGCUCGCAUUGCCUCAAAUAGCUCUGGCGUCUCUGCUAAUGGUCAUCAGACAUUCUAGAGCGGCCCCAACCACUCUUGGUGAGCAAGCUGAGGAAGUUGCAGUCUCACUCGCCUCGACUGACAACUCCCUCUUUUGUGUCGUAUCGCACAAAGACUUUAAACACUCAGCUGCCGUCAACGUUGUGUUCUCAAGGACAAUCGUCGACGACGGCCUCUCGACACCGAACAUCACAGGCCCGAUGAUCCUGACUGCUCGAAGCCCACUUCUGGGGUCCUUAGGGAGGUUUUUUGGGAAGAAGGCGAGAUGAUUUUAGUGUUCGAAGCUGAGGCGCUUGCUCCCUGUCGAAGCUGAUAGUCAGCACGCCAACUAGGUUUUGACAAGUGCGCCUAAAAAGAAAUUGUACACUCACGUUCCGACUACCCCGACUACUCCAAUCGUUGUGAAUAUCGCGGAUGACUUGCGCACGAGUAGAAUUUGACCAAAAGUGAUGCUGACUUGCUGACCCAUGCAACACCCCAAGGCUGAGCCAGCAAGAUGGGUACGUCCUCAGAAGAUGCAACUCUUGGAGACCAUUCCUGAAAAGGGAGUCGUGAAAAAGACGUGGUACGGCAAGAAGAAGGAGACGGGCAUGACCAAGUUCCAAGAGGAGAAGGUCUACCUGCCGAAGAAACAAGCCAAGACGGAAGGUCCAGCUUCCACGCCUGGUGCAGAGCCUGUGAAGCCCGUAGACAACAGUACGCCGAACCUCGACGCACUCGCAUUGCUGGGCAUCGAACCGGCUCAGAUCAGCGCUACGGCUGGUGCUGCUGCUGCAAAAGCCGGCGCCAAGAAGGCCGGCACGUCGGGUUCGACAUCCAAUCCCAAACGCGUGACGCUAGCCGACCUCUUCAAGCACGAGGACAAGGGCACAGGUCCAUUUGCCCCAAAGUGA